CGAAUGAGCCCCUCCCGGACUUCAUUCAGCGAAUGCAGGACUAUAAAGCCGCACUCACCCAGGUCAAGGAACAGCAAGAGGCUGUCGCAGCCAAAAGACUACGGCUAGCAGAGGAAGCUGCAGCACAAACCCGGCGUCAAGCCGAGGCAGACCAGUUGGCGAUCGAUCAGCUCAACCCCGGCAGCGCUGAACUUGUAAGUGCUAACCAAGCACAAUGGACAGCGGUGCUCAACGGGAUGCGUUAUGUCCCGGCACCCGGCAGCGAGCCGACAACAGUACAGCAAGAGAGGAAAGACCUGGCAGAUAUUCUACUCCAUACAAUGCACGCCGUCAUUUGGAACAGCUCCAUGGGGGAGCUGCAUUCCCGGUCCACACUGCAGCUGCAGCAUGAUCUGAGCCACAACGUGAAGAUACUUGCAGCAGCUGUCAAGGUCGCGGACAACCAGUUGAAACAGCUGGAUGCACGCAUUGCUACCUUGGAGGCAAGGCCUCCCCAAGCAGCGUCAGGCUGCACGCCAGAUAUGACAGACACGACGCAGCAGCUCAAUGGGCGCAUCGAUCAUGUCGUCAAUCUCAUCGGUGACAUAGGUGUUUUCAAUGGGCCGGACACGAUCAGUAGCACGGUGGCCGCCAUCAAGACGGACAUCACCAAGCUGCAGACGAAACCGGACGCCACUACGAAGAACUAAAAGAUGCCGCACUUCGACAUCAGCAAGUUCGACGACCACAACAAGACGGA